GUGCUCAUGUUUGUCGUCGUCACAGGUCAAAUAGCAUUUUUCUGACAUCACCCCAUUAAAAUGGACAUUUAAAAUGGUUAAAGUAAGGGUUAGGUGAGGGUUAUGAUUAAGGUUAGGGUUAGAGUAGGGGUUAAGGUCAGGGUAGGGACGCUCCAAGGAUCUUAGAUAGCACUAUACCAUUUUUCUUGUAUUUGACACCAACUACAAAGAGACAACAGCCCGCGUCACCUCCAAUAGUGUAUCCGUAAAAAAAAAACAGUUAUAUAGCGACCACAACGGCUAUUCAGGCUAGGCUACUACGAAGGAUGCCCUUAUCUGCUGAGACGCAUGCAUUGGACACCUGCAUGACAAAACUACUAUUUUGGAAAGAAGUAACCUGCAAACUGCCAAACCUCGGUUUGUAGUGUGAAAAUAUCUGGAAGUAAAAGGUUUUUCAAGACGGUAAGGUCACAAAGGCUCAUUACUGGCUCUAUUUUUCUGCCUAGUUUGCAGCCAUUUGCAUCCAUCUUGAAAGGUUAAUUAUCGCUGAUAAAGAAAUGGUAGCAUAUUAUAUUGCAUUGACACAAUACAACCAACGGUUUAAAGUCAUAUUUGUGUGCUAAAACAUAGUCAUUUGACGGAUUUGUUUAUAUUAAAAACGCCUACGUAAUGAAUAUACUGCUAUAGUAAGUAAAUUAUUACUGAAAGAUCAAAUGCAUUGUCCUUUGUACGCAACUUUCAUUUGUAAUAAUUAACAGUGUAACUAAUGAAUAGUUAAUGAUUAAUAAUGACUCACUGACUGUAAUGUAAAAGCCUAUAUUUUUACUGGUUUUACUACUUUUAUGAAUUUGAGCAUCUGAGUAAAUUUGACAAAUCUCUAGGCAGGCGUAUGGGUAGACAUCUCCAUGGAAACCUCAAGCGUGUGUGUGUGUGUGUGCGUGCACCAUACACAUGUCUGGGGUCAAGGUUAGUGGAGGAUUAAAGUUAUUACUCAGAGGGCAUUUUAUGUGUUAUUUUAGGAAGUUAUACCAAACAGUGCAUUGCAACACUGGCCAUGCCUUCUUCUUCCCAAGUAGAGACUAGAGAUGUCCUCUGUGUGGCAACAGGAACCGAUAGUGUACUCCCCCAGUGUAGAGAUCGAUUCCAGCACCGUGAGGAGGAAGGCCAGGGUGGGUUCCUCACAGCACUGGCUAAAGCAGGAGCAUGACCUGGAAGUUGUCAAGUGGGAGAGCAUGACCUCUGGAGCAACUAGCGAUGUGGAGCAGGACAACACACCCAGCAGUGCUGUAUCCACUGCCUCCCAGCCUGAGGGCAGCCUGCCUCCCCGGGUCAUGCUGACCAUCACCAAGCUGCAGUGCAUGCUAGAAAGUAAACAGGAGCGCAUUGCUGCCCUGGAGAGACAGGUGGAGGACCUGCAGCAGGACAGGAAGUUCCUCAGGAGCCAGAUUGAGAACCUGACCAGCCAGCGCUCUGUCCCAACCUUCACUACCACCGCCACUUCAGCCGCUGAAGCACCUAAAGCGGGGAAGUCACUGUAUUCCGAACCCAAACCCCGGAAGAGAGAGAGGGUUGCAUCGUCCAGCUCUUCCUUCAGUAAUGAAAGUGGCUCAGAAAUGUCUGUCUCCACUGUUAUGUCCGGAGCCUCGAGCGACCACAAGAAGCGGAGACACCACAAGGAGAGGAGGAGAGGAAAGAAAGGGAAAGACUACAGCAGGAAGAGAGCCACUGGCGUCCAGUACGUGAUCCACCGCUACAAACAAGUCCUCGCGGCCUUCAUCAAGAAGAAAAGCAUGAGUGGCGCUUUCCGUCACUACGGCAUCGACAGGAACACCAUUGCCAACACGGCGUCCAUCGCUGAGCUCUACCUGGCAGCCAAGGAAACCCUGCCGCUGGUGGGGAUGUUCCGCCCACGAGAGGAGACCCUGGUGAGCUACGCCCAGAAGUGUGCCCUGGUCAUUGAGACUGACGUGGCGCUAGCCAGGAAGAUUGAGCAGAUGAAAGCCACAGGGGAGCUCCUGCCCAUCACUGUGAAAAAGGCCAGGGCCAUGCACUCUGCUCACCAACAGCUAGGGGGCACCGCUGAGAGCCUGUUAAUGGGCUGAUGAUGUAGCUAGGGGGCUUUGAGGGGUGAGUUAUACUGGAAGUGGAGAACACUUGUGUUGACAGAAUGGAGACAUAUUUAAUUUAAAAUCUUGGACCUGGGUUGAUAUAAUCACAAGGGAAGGAUUUCUCUGCCUCUCUUUAUUUAUUGCAAUGUAACUAUUAGUGUAUCUAUAAUGCCUUCUUUAAAAGUAAUGAAUGUUUUUCUAUAGUUUUUUGAUAUCGUAUGAAUACAAUAUUCAACAGGUUUAAGCGGGUACACUUCACACAUGUUCCACAGAAGACCAUGUCUUUUUGCUUAGGAAUUUCCUCACUCAAUAAUUGCCAUUCGUUCAUAGUGGUCCUAGCUGAACAAACACGGUACUGAACAAACAUGGUACUGAACAAACACGGUAGCAUCUAGCCAUAGCCACAGAAGGGGUUUUCCCUGUAGGAUAACAGUAAAAGUAGUGACUUUUGUUUGACAGUGUUUUUCCCUGGAAGUAUCCCUCUAUAUUUGACUUAAUGUUGAUAAUAACUCAUCUGAAGAUUCCUUAUAGCUGCCCUUUCCCUUGCAGACCCAAGGACAAAUAUACAGUGAACUCAUUGUGAUAGUCAGAAAUGACAGGUAGCUGAAUGUCUUAGACGGAGACUAGAAAUAUGUGAUGAGUAUGUCCACCAGAUGGCGCUGCACUCACUUCAAUGGAUGUUUACACUACUACUUCUGUAAUCCUGAGUACAUUUUCCAGGAGUAUUUUUCCAAAAUGGUGGACACUUUAUGUCUGCUUCCAGAGAGCACUUUGAUAUUAUUUUAUUUCUUGCACCUAAGUAUUUAUUUGGUUUGAUAUUUUGAAAACCACACAGUUGGCAUGUGUAUACUGAUACAUUUGGAACAUGCUGCCGUUUUUAGGGCUGUAAUUUAUAUGCUGUAAUUUAUAUAUUGAUUUAGCUUAGUAAAAUAUUGCGGUUUUUAGGUGUUUUAACUCACAGCCUUCAGAAUUUAGGAGAAUAAAAUGGAAUUCCUGCUAUUAAUUGAUGGUGUGAACAGGUGUUGAACUACUGUUAGUCCUACCUAGGGAUAUCCAAUGUACUGUUGUGAAUUAUAAUUGCUAAUAUGGACAAUUCUUCUGUUGACACUGGGCUAUUCAGUUUUUGUAUCAAGUUUGUUCACUUAUCUCUCAAACUGUGAUUCUUCAAAAGAUAUUUUACUUUGAAUGGUUUGAGAAAUAAAGCAUUUGGCAAUA